UUCCUCUCGCUCAUUCUCUCCCUCGCAACCCUCCUUCCGUUUUCUCAUGCCGUCUUCAUAAACUUUGAUAACUGCCUACCCCAUAACGUUACCGAUUCGAACCCGAAGACCCUCCAGUUCGUACCCUUGUAUGUCUGGGCCUCCUUCAACACCUCCGCGGAGAGCCAUCACCUCAACAUUACGGUAUAUGGGAAUGUAACUGGGCGGUUGCUGCAGCAGGAGUUGCCUCUACCCAGUGACGAAAACUACUGGAACAACCCAAACCUUACAGAUGGCAAGAUUAUCGAUGUGAGCACGACAAAUCCGAAGUACUCAACUCUCUUUUCCAACUACAAGGUUCUCACAUACAAUGCCUAUACAGCCCAGCCCAGCCAGUUCUGUUUGUCCACUGUUAACAAAGCGUGUCCACUGAUUCCAGUCUUCAGUGACGCUGUAGGCCCCAAGCAGCUGCCUGGAUUCGCCGUGGGCCAUGAUUUCUACAGCAGCUAUUCCUUUGCGACCUUCGCUGCGACAAUGCGGGUAGAUUCCGGUGACUUAGGCGGUCCUCCUUUGGCAUGUGUAUCCGCAAACAUUACCCCAGACAUAGGGAGCAGGCUAGCUGAUGCGCUCUGCUACCUACCCGCUGCUGUGCUUGCCCUCGUGGCCAUAGCAACCGUCUUCGCCGCGACAUGCAGUCCCUGGGGAACCUCCGAUCCCUUCCGCUGGUCUAGCAAUUACGGGAGAGAUGAAGACCUACUUCGCCUUGUCACCCCCGGCUUUGGUGACUGCCUUCAAUACAUCCAGUUCAUUGUUCUGGCAGGCAGUUUAAACUUGAACUAUCCAGGAUAUUUCCAACCAGUUGUCAGCCAGGCCAGUUGGUCACUCCUCAUUUUUAAUGAGAGUUUCGUCAGCCAUGGGAACGGAGCCCAGUCUCUUAUCGAUGGAAUCUACUUUGCGAACGGAACGUAUGGUAUAUCACGCCUCGGCGAGUUGGUGGGCAUGACGGAAGAGAAGGACAUUUGGGCAGGGAUGGCUGUGUGGCUUCUUGGACUCAUCCUCGUUGUGACCUUGCUGGGCCAGCUCGGCUUCUUCAUCCGCUGGAUGUACCGAUUGACAACUAACACCCAGGAAUCUGACCUGCGGAGUAAAAAUUGGCCUUUCACUGCAGGUAAUAUUGUCCGGAUCGUGUUUAACUUCUUUCUUCUCCCUAUUAUUGCGCUGUCCCUCUUCCAGCUUGUAGUUGCUGGCCGUUCACCUGCAUCGGUCGUUGCCAUGGCUGUUGUCCUUUUAAUUAGCGUUAUCACAAUCGCUACUUGGAUAUUCUGGUUGAUAUUCACAACUCGCCCGCGCGCGCAUCUCUUCGACGACCUCCCAACCGUUCUCACCUAUGGACCCCUCUACAAUACGUACUCAGACGAUGCUGCCCCUUUCGCUUUCAUUCCGGUGUUGUUAACUGUCAUCCGCGGCAUUGCUAUUGGAGCCAUACAACCUUCUGGCAUUGCGCAGAUCAUUAUGCUUGCCAUAUGCGAAGUAAUCUUAAUACUCACCUUACACGCCUUCCGGCCGUUCCAGUCUAAUACAUCCAUGAACGCUUAUCACACAUUCUUCUCCUCCAUUCGACUUGUGUGCACGCUUCUCAUGGUAUCCUUUGUUCCCUCGCUGGGAGUGGAUGAAGCAUCCAGGGGAUGGGUCGGCUAUGCUGUUUUGUUAUUACAUGCCGUUGUCUUGGUCUUUGGGUUCUUUCUCAAUUCCUUACAGACCCUUAUUGAAGUGGCUGCGAGACUUGCUGGCGCCGGAGGGGAGCAGCGCGGCGGUCUCACGAAAGUUUUCGGCAUGCGCCAACUAUCCAAACGAACUCAUCGCCAGAAUCAACGAAGCAGCCUCAAUUCAGACGCGGCAAUGCUUGCUCACGAUGGCGAUGCAAAAUCCAUCCAGCUCAUGGGUGGCAGGUCUCGAAGCCUCUCGGGUAGCUCAGCGGUGCUUCUCAACCAGCAUUAUACAGGAGGUCAGCGCGCCAGCGCCGGAUUCGAAGGAUUUAGUCAAGGUGAUAGCCUCGGUGGCACGAGCCCAGGAACUCCUGGAGCUGGAGCAUCACCAUGGAGUCACUUUGGCGGUGGAUCUGGUCAGAGUUCCAGACGUCCUACGAUGGGAACGAUGGAGGCCACGGAUCCGUACUAUCGCCCACCUCGCCCUCGGAAGCACACCAUUGAUACCCUAAAUAAUGUCCCAGCCGCCCGGGCUCGACACUCUGGUGGAAGUGCCGAUCUUACGAACACGCCGUAUGCCGAUUCGCCAGAUCAGGCUGAGGCCGGUGAUGCUGGCGAAGGACCUUCGUCGUGGUCUCCAAAUAAAUCAAUUACCCCAGCAUAUCUCCGGAUGCAUCGCGAUGAUUCCGAUCCCAAUCUUGCUGAGCGACGCAAAAAUACUGAUUACUCAGUUCGAGAAUCCGAUUUCUACUAUGGUCUUCGCGGCCCCGCCCUAUCGUCCACGCCAACUCGUAAGCUAAAAACCGGGCCUGCCGACCCAAUGGGACCUGUUUCAAAUGCUACUGGUUGGUUCAAGAGUCUAUCCGUUUUCGGCGGAAAGAAGAAGGAGAAGGGCAAAGGAUUCGAGGUUGUGAGAAGUACCCGUAUGCCGCCGCAGAUGAUGCCGCUAGAGGAAGGUGACGAAUCUCCUCCGAUCCCACACGAGCCAUAUAGAGAUAAUCCCGGCACACCUCCUGACACGAAAAUGUCUUCCGAGCAGCCGAAUCCCGUUGGGGUUUUCGCAGUUGAUGGUACAAGGAAAUCAGAAGAGACUGAUUCGGAUCAUAGCAGCGAUUCGGACCCUUUUGAUUCUCGAAUGAAUCGAGUGUCGAGUAUCGCUCCCACACUAGGCCCAAUAGAGACUGGAGGGGGCAUCGAGUUGCCCAGUAGGAUCGGCUCGCGGGCGUCGAAGAUCUCACGUUCUCAAGCCCCCAGCCGUGCACCCACGUUGCCUAGGAAGAGUUCAAAACGGCCGAAGUCUACGGAUAGGGCAGUUUUGGAAAGUACAUCCAGGUUAUCAACAGUUGUUGCUUCACCACCGGGCACCCCUGGGCGAAUGUCAGCGCACAUGGGCCUUGAUCCUAGGCAUCAUCUUCAAGCCCAUCCAAACACCGAUCCUCGCCAGCAUCUCCAGCCCCACCCGAAUACCCUCCCUCUCCAUCUUCCCUUCGGAUCUUCAGAGCCAUCACCUUCUCCAGAGCGCUCCGCGGGCAACUCAGCUGCCUCAAGCAUCUAUCCCAACGAUGGUAACAGUGAUUACCACCAACUUGGCAAUCCGGAUGACCUUGUACCCCCACAUAUUAUUCAAGCUGGCGAACGGCCGGUGAGCACUGGGUAUGUACAUCAACAUAUGGCACGCGACAGCAUCCGAAAUGAUGGAUUCGAUGCUGGCACUCACCUCGAAGCGUCGGCCGAGUUUGUCGACGGAAGGAGUCGAAGCAUUAGCACUCAGCGCAGCGGCGCAUCGCACCAAUCC